AUGCGCAGUAGCCAGAACCUCGCUCUCAACAAGGGCAGUAAGCAACGCAGUAACCUGGCGCAGCGUAGCCUCAACCUCAACCUUUGCCUCAGCCGACAACGACAAACUAGCAACAGCCGAAAGCGCAACACCAUCACGCUUCACCGGCACGUCAAUCUUUCCAACCAGACCCUUACCACUGGGCUUGUGCACAACUGGUGCGUUCACAGGGUGCCCAAUAAGAUUCUCACGCUUCAACAAGCCAUCCACACUCGACAAAACAGGCAGCUUGGAAAGAUCAACAGGAAUCUUGGAAACAUCCACAAUCCCCUUUACAUCCCCCACAAUCGAAAGCACCUGACCCGGCAAAUUCGCAACGUUGACAGGGAGCUUGGUGACAUCCAACAAGUUCAGCAAUUCGCCGAUUACAUUCAACACCGCCGUUGGCAGUCCCGUUACAUCGACGGGCAGCUUCGAGAGGUCCACGAGGCUCACGGCGUCGGCGGGCAAGCUGGAUAG